AUGUAUCCAUUCUCCGACGCCACCACCGUCACCUCGACAGGCUCACACACGUACACCGCAAACUUCCCAAAGGACUACUGCAUUGGCUCAGUUCCUCAUGGCGGGUACAUCACUUCCUGCUUCAUGCGUGUGGCCCAGAUGCACUUUGAAACGACAUUGAGGGAGCAGAAGCAACCGCACACGAUGACGAUGCAUCUGGAGUUCCUUAGACGUACCAGUAUUGGACCUGCUCUCUUCAACGUCAGAGAUGUAAAGAUAGGCAGGGGCACCUCCGUCAUCCAUGUGACGCUUUUCCAAGAAGGCGGUGAUCGUGAAGAAGUCGCCGCAUACAUUACCAACAGCAACCUUGUCACAGAGGAAGGCACAUCGUUUCCUACAGGCUGGAAACUGGAGCCGGCGCCUCCUUCCGCAAACGUUGCCGCGUUAAAGGCUGGCACCGACGAUACCUGGAAAGAGCAAAAAUCUAUGCCCUUUGCCAUCUUCCGUCGUGCUAGUCAACACGUCAACUUCUACUUCCCAAAGCAAGGUCAGCGCAUGCGUAGUCUGGCAGAUCAAUGGAUGUGCUUCAGCAACGGUGAGCGUUUCACAAACACCAGUUUGGGCUACGUUUCUGACAUGUUCCCUCAAAUCCUUGAGAGCUAUCGCACAGGCAGUGAUCCUUACGCCGUUGAGCCCCUGCGUGACGCUAAGGAGAUCAACGAGUUGGCUGCACAGCAGAAGGGGUUCUCGUCUGCCUGGUAUCCGACACUGCUGUUGAACCUGGACGUCAAGAAAGUCCUACCCGAGGAAGGUGUCGAAUUCCUGUUCUUGAGAGUCCGUGCCAAGCAGAUCAAGAACGGUAGAUAUGAUCUGGAAGUCAUCAUCAUGGACGACACUGGCGAUGUUGUUGCGCUAAGUCACCACGUCUGCAUGGUCAUGUCGGCGCAGAGAAACUUACAAGCCAGGUCUACAUCAGCAGACAAGCCAAGCAAGCUGUAG